UGGACCUAGCGGCGCGUGCGUACCGGUGCGCGGGGCGCGCGCCUGCCAGUGCGCAUCUAUAGGUGUGCGUCUAUGGGUGCACGUGCACCGUAGUGCACCUCCCAGUGCUCACGGCCCGGUAUGCGUCCUGCCCUGCUCCCCCGUGUCUCCCGGCUCCCGCCUGGGCCGCCCGGCCCCGCUCGCAGCAGCGCUGUCCUGUCCCGACCGUGCCCGGUGGGGAAAAGCGAUAAGAGGAAACACGCGAGCUGCCCCGCCCCCGCCGUGUCCGGGGCCCCCUCACUCCCUCCUCCGGCAGCGCGCCCACCCCCGCGGCCCUGCCCGGGGGUGGGGGGAACGGGUCCCCCGGGGGCACAGGGACCCCCGGGCCGGUUGGGGCCACCGGCGCUGUCCCGACCCCAGCGGAGGACGAGAUCCCCCGCGCGGAGGCGGCGGUCGUGCCGGAGGGGACGCGGGGCCACGGCCCCGGGAGAAGAAGGGGGAUGACCCGGCCCCGGGCGCUGCCCCCCCCCCCGCUCUCCUGCCUCCCGGGGCUCCGGCUCGUUUCGAUUUCGUUUCCCGGAAGGAUCGCGCCGAAGCCGCAGCAGCCGCAGGGACGGGACUCACCCGCGCCGGGCACCGGGGCAGCGCCGAGCACCGCGGCGGGAGCGGCCCCGCACGGCACCGGGCAUGCAGGGUAAAGUGGCAGUCAGCUCUUCCAGCCCCGCUGUCACAGCUUUGCUACCGGCCCCGUCCCAGGACAGACACACACCCAUCAGUGAAGGGGAGAUCUUCAAACUUCCAGGCAGGCUGAGAAUCCAGCCCUCACUGUGGAGCAAGGACGACGUGAUCCACUGGCUAAGAUGGGCUGAGAAAGAGUACUCCCUUCGGCAAACGGACAGAAGCAAGUUUGAAAUGAACGGCAAAGCCCUGUGCAUCCUCACCAAGGAUGACUUCAGAUACCGAGCUCCGAGCUCAGGUGAUGUGUUAUAUGAAAUACUCCAGUACAUUAAGACUCAGAGAAGAGCUCUGGUGUGCAGCCCUUUGCUCAGCUCACCCUUCAGGGAAGCCAGGAGCACAGAGGAAGGGGCAGACCAUAGUGCUGAGGCUGCCCCAGUUGCUAUUUCCUCCUGCCUGGGUCGUGCAGAGCAGCCUGUGUCCUGCAGCCAUGUGCAGCCGUUGAACCUCUCCCAUCACAGCUCGGAGGGCAGCUGCAGGGCAGGUGCUAUCUGCUCUUUUCCUACAGCCCUGUCGGCCCCAGUGGAUGGGAAAAUUGCAGACUGCAGGUUGCUGUGGGAUUAUGUGUACCAGCUCCUCUCCGACAGCCGCUAUGAGCCUUACAUCAAGUGGGAAGAUAAGGAAGCCAAGGUCUUUCGGGUCGUUAACCCAAAUGGACUUGCCCAGCUCUGGGGGAACCACAAGAACCGUAUGAACAUGACAUACGAGAAGAUGUCACGAGCACUCAGACAUUACUACAAACUCAACAUUAUCAAAAAGGAGCCGGGGCAGAAGCUGUUGUUCAGGUUUUUGAAGACUCCUGGGGAGAUCAUCCAUGAGAAAUCCAGCAAACUGGAGCAGCUGGAGAAUGAGGAGCAUGAGGAUUUGAAAGAAGACCCACUGGAGGCUUCACCAUAAGAAGUCUUUGAAGGUGGCAUUUGCAGUGCAUUACAGACAGAUUUGUGCUCUGCUGGGAAGUGCUGGAGUCUCUUGCAUCUCCUGGACAGAAGGCCACAGAGCUGGUCCUGGAUUUCAAAACUUGUCCUGAGCCAAAGCUGUGACAUCUCUGGGGCUUCAUUAGCAAAACACACCCAGAAACUGUCCCCCGGCCCCAAAAGCGUGGGUGAACGUGUGGGCUGGUCUGCUUGCUUCUCUUCUGUCCUCGGGGAGGGAAUGUGAUAUUUUUGCUCUGCGUUUUUGAUGUUUGCCUUUAAGGUUCAAACUUGCUGGUAAAGACUGUUCUGUUCUUACAGCAAGACGUGCUGAGCAGAGAGCACCGGAGCACCUGCUCUGGGUCGAGCACCUACUGAAGCGCUUUUGCAGCGAGCAGUGGCCCAAAGCGUGAACACGCUGCUCCGAAUCCGAGCCAUUUCCCUGAUUCGAGAACAGCCUUAUGCUGCAGAUAUGCUGCACGCCUUAAUCUCACUGUCUCCUCUGGGGUUGCUCCUGUGAUGAAGGGUGGGAGCGUGCUGAGGUAUCUGCCUGGAUUAGGCCUGGCAGCAGCUCCAGGCUGCACGGAUGCCCUAAGCUGGGUUUUGUUUUAACUCCUUUCCCUCUGUGUAAUAUUUUUUGUAAUUAGUUGACUAAAUACUGUGAAAAGAAACAAAGCCAGUAAUGAAUAUGAGCUCACUCGUCGUCAGACACGUGGCUCUUUGCUUGGAGUCUGAAGUAGGAAUACCUGCAACCCCAGGCACUUCCACGUGAGUGCUAGAAGAAACUGUGUGUGUGGGUUUUUUGGGUUUUUUCUUUUUAAAUCCAAAAAAUAUCCACCAAUAUUUUCAGGUUACUUUUUGUUGAGGAAAUAAAAUCCUGUGACUGUGUAUGGUUGAAAAUCUCCCUUCUUGCUGGUUGAAGGCCUGAAAGUGGGAAAUCCAAGCCUUCCUCACCUAAAACCAGCUCCUGUGGGCAGCCAGAUCUUGUCCCCAAACUCGGCAGCCCCUAAACCAGAGUGCAGCAGUCCGAGCUGUGCGGCAGAUGGGUGAGCACAGUGCAAACACAUGGUGGUUUGUAGCUACGUGGACAAACACAGAUAAAGGUCAUGAAGCAGCAUUGGUUCAUGGCUGAUGAUAGGAAAAAGUGAGUUCCUUCUAACCUCAGUUUUGCACCACAGCAGAAACUGUCCUGCUGCCUCGUCUCUUUGCUCUGGACCCUUCCCCAAGCCCAAGAUGCCAUUCUAGAGCUGCAUUGGCACCGCUUUUGGGGCAGCAAUACUGUGAACGGGUCUGGGAACUGUUGGUCUUGUGAGAAACUUUGGCAAGGGUUGGUGACUAAGGUUUCCACGAAAACUGAUUGUUGCCAACCUGAAACCACAGCCCGUCUUGCUGUAACUGGUGUUGCUCCUUGUAUUGGGUUUGCGUGGCAAGGUUUUGGUAGCGGGGGGGCUACAGGGGUGGCUUCUGUGAGAAGUUGCUAGAAGCUCCCCCUGUGUCUGACAGAGCCAAUGCCAGCCGGCUCUAAGACGGACCCGCCGCUGGCCAAGGCCAAGCCAAUCAGCGCCUCUGUGAUAACAUAUUUAAGAAGAAGAAAAA